CUCAGUCCACCACACGUUUAUUCCAAUCAGUAUAAAAACAUUUACUAAAUAUUAUUUCAAACACAGCGUUUUUCAAUCCAAUUGAAGCCGAUGGUAUAAAGACAAAUAUAUUCCUUAUAAAAGUAGAAGGAUUAUUUCCAUUACAUAAUCGGUCAAAUAUGUCAGCAAGAAAUAGCAAGGACAACCAGAAGGUUAUCCAACUAUACGUGACCGACCUUCGGAAGACGAUCUUGAAAGGAAAACAAUCCCAACAGCCAAGCCAUCCUGUUAACAAUGUUGCCAUUACUGGUAAUAACUUAGCAUCCUUGGUCAAGCUAAAGAAAGCGAUCGGCGCUGUUCUAGCAGAAAAUCUAGUCAGUGACAACACAAAUUUCGACAUUUAUGACGCCGAUUAUAUCCGGAUUGAUGACGAGAAUGUUGCAAGGCUGGAAAAUAACGACUGCUUAGUGUUAUUUGACCGCAACCAGAGUGAGCUUCCGCCUGGAUAUGUGUACGAGCACAGAAGCAGGAUACUUCCACACACGCGUGCGGUAACAAAUCAGGAGGGGAAGUUUUAUGGGUCGGAAGAGCACAACUUGGCUGCAUUCGCUAUCGCAGAAUUGGUCGACAAUUCUCUCACCGCCACAGCUCAUAACCACGGGAGGAGGAUAAUCGAAAUCCAAUUUCAUAACAAUGGUAUAAAAUCUUUUCUAGCUGUAUUAGAUAAUGGUUGUGGGAUGAAUUCAACGACACUUAAGAAGAGCUUAAGAUUCAAAGCACCAAAGGACUCGCGGCCUGAUGAUGUUUCCGGAUUACCCACACAACUCGCAACGCAGGAAAGUGGUGACGAAGUCAGGAAUGAGGAAAUUCACCCAAUGUAUCUCAACUCCAACAUUAGUAAAUUUGGAGCAGGGUUAAAACAGGCUGUCUUCUGGUUGGGUGGCGAGGCCAGAAUUAUUUCGAAGAGGACAGAAAGCAAAAACGUAUAUGAGAUUCUUUACUCGCGUGCAGAUAUGGAAAAAAUGGAAGCCCUGAAGAGCGAUGAUGCCUGGGAUGUCCUGAUUCGGACGGGUAACCUAGGAGAAAUCAGGGACACUACAGCUUCUCCAGUCCUGAAAAACUUUAUUAAAACGAUGGAAACCAAAAAACCAAGUUUCACCCAUAUUGUGAUCCAGAAAUUCGAAAAAGGCGAUGAUAAUUCUCCGCUGGAACUCCUUCAACGGACAGACAAUAGUGCCGAUAUUAAACCAAGCAUUGAAAAACAGUUGGCCCACAUUUACCAUUAUUAUCUCCACGGACGAGAUGGAAAUACUGGAAAAGCGUCGAAUAAUGACAACCUCAUCGAUAUCGUAGUGAGUCGAUUCGACUCGAAAGGAAAGCAAGUGUCACUUCUUAAACUACGUGACAUGACAGAAAACAAUUUAGAUUUGGAGUCAAGAUUCGUUCGCACAGCGGCGCCUGACCCGUUUCUGUUUACCUUUGAAGUUUCUAAGUCCCAACACAUUAAUGGAGCAAUGAACCAAACAUCCAAGAUUGGAGGCAUUAUUCGAUAUCACCCAUUUCAGUAUGACCGAGAAACACAUCCUAUGUUGGAAAGAAGCUCGAAAAAUUGUGCCAGGAGUAUUGAGGAAAGUGAGGCCAUCUUUGAAGAGACUGUUGAACUGUUUGAGGACAACAAUUACCGACACGUUAACAAUGGAUUUUUUCAUGUCUGGUGGAACGGAAGAUUAAUUCCUUGCACGAAAUUGGAUGCUUUACCCUGGUGCAGCCUUCCCGAGCGGGUCAAAAAUACCCACAAGCUGUGCAAAGCGUAUGGGCGCAUAUCAGGGUCCUUGUUUUACACAGGAGACAUUUGUGGAAUCACGGAUAAUAAGCUCAAUCUUACGACGACGACAACACUAUCUGAGAUGUUUAAUGAGAAGUUGAUUCAUUCACAGCAGUCGACAUUUCAACGAAUUAAAUGUCACGGAGGUAUUUUGAAACAGGAUCGUGAUGUGAGGAACGAUGUUAAAAAGAAUUUUGAAAAUUGGUUGAUGGAUAGUCAAGAAUAUGACAUGGAAGUACGCUAUUCCAAAAUCUUAGUAGAUUCCGCAAAGCAUCCCGUUACAAGCAAAUUUCGCACCAAAUCUGGUACAUUUACUUACUACCAAUAUGGGUCCGCAAAUUGGGAGGAUUUGGGAAUAACACUGCAAGUUGGAAAUGCAGUGAAAUUAAAUGGAAAAUGCAUGAUGGUAGGGAGGAUUAAAUCGUUCUACGUCCAAGCCGAGCAUUGUUACAAAGACCGGAAUGCGGAUAAUUCGAAUAGGCGACCUCUCAACGAAGUUUAUGCACCCGUUUCAUUUGUCGAUAUUGAACUCCAGCCUGUCCCUUAUUAUGCCGAUAAUGGAGAGGACACUAAAAUUAGUCGACACUCAAUGUCCCUGAUUGACAAUAAGGUUCCUUCACCAAGCGUAGAAACGAUGAUCAAGGAGUUGGCGGACAACCUAAAGCUAAAAUUUAAAGUUAUUCAAGAUCCAGGUCCCAAGUUUCAAAAUGGAUGCAAAAUACGAUCUGAUGGCAUUCUUUUCAAAUCGUUUGCACUUGACAUAGUCAAAGUAAAUGAUGAGACUUCGGUAAAUGGAUAUCUACCGUUCUAUAGACCAAAGCAUAAAAAGAUGUUUGUGGUUUAUCGGAUCCAUAAAAUUCAUAGCAAUAACUCUAAAGAAUUGCUUGAAACUGGAGGGGCCUGUUCUUAUGCAACACCAGGAAAAAAACCCAAUGGGUAUUAUUUCACUACCUUUGAUUUGAAGAAGACGGACUACUCAGAAAUAGGUGAUUAUGUCAUUACAUUUUAUGCAUACAUUUCCAGUCAGUCUGUCAACCAGACCAUUGAGUCUGCCCAAGCGACCAGGACCCCUACAAGAGACACCGAAACGUUCCCAUCACGAUCAAGAAAUAUUAGUUCAAGAGGGACAUCCUCUUCAUCACGAGAGCGAUUUGAAAUUGAGCCAGACUAUGAAAUAGAAGAGAAUUUAAAUGGGAGGAGAAUAUUAAAGGAUGGGAAAACCAGAAUACCAUUGCCGUGUUACGAAAUUAGGUAUUCUGUCGUUGCUGGAUGUCCGCAUAAAUUUGAGAUUGAGGAAUUCGGUGAUGACGAGCUUCGUAUUGGGAAAAGCUUUAAAGUUAUGCUAUCGUUUAAAGAUUGUAAUGAAAAUAUAGCCUCAGCAUCAGAUUUGAAGGAUGAAUUGACAAUUUUGUCUAGCAAACUUGUAAUUUCUUUAGUUCCAACCAAAACAUACCCUGAUUUUAAUCUUACCGCAACAAAUGGGGAAUUACUCAUUGAUGGAGAUACCCUAGUAAUCAGCGAUGUUGUAACGAUGGGCUCGUUAGAUGGGGCGGAGUUCAGAGAAACCCAGAUGUACGUGGAGUUAAUGCUCAACAACAUUUCGAAGAAAUGUCGCUCCUCAAAAAUCCGGUUUCAUCCAGGUGUACCAGAAAAAAUCGUGUGUCUACAAGAAUCUGUUCAAAUCGAAAAUAGAUGCAAGCCCAGCUUAUCUUGUCGAGUCCUCGAUUGUGCGGAUAACGUCAUUCUUAAAAAUGACAAGAAUCCCAUCAAGCUUAAAUGUAAAAUUUACAGAAUGUCUGACGGCCAAUUUCUCUUUGACAGAAUGUUACACGCAACAGAUGCCAAGCCCAACGAGAUGGAUGACGCAAUUUGUCUGGAUGAUUUUAAAACACCUGCAGUUGGUCAAGUCAAUUUGCUUUGUAAGGUAUCGUACGACCUGUACAGCAAUAUUGAGCCUAUAUCAGUUCCGAUCACAAUUACGCGGAGCACAAGACCAGAAGUGCUUCGAGUUUAUCGACGCACAAGUAAGGAUGAAGAAGAAAUUGUAGAAAUUGGUCAUGAAUCCUUUCAGACUGCCAAAAUUAUGGAUGAGUUGCACCUAAGCUGGGAACUGUAUGAUGGUAUGGGAAGAAAAAUUUUGUUUGACGCCAGUAAGCACAAACUCAGCGUUAAUUGGUCCAAGAGUUCAAGCCGUCCUGCAAUCCUAGAAAGUGGAAACUUGCCAAUAUUCAAAGUCCCAAAACGGACCAUCGACAAGGAUCCAUUUACUACAGAAGUGACAAUACUCGGAUUUGACGAACAACUACAACAUACCUUCUACUUGACUUCCUUACCAUUGGAACCUAACAGCUUGAGCGUGUCAUUUAUAGGGAGCAAUAAUUCCCGAGACGUCGUCCAAUAUCGGAUGGGUGAAAAAGUGCCGGAUGCAAUUGUAAAAAUUACGGACCGAUACAACAAUAUUUACACAAGUUUCUGCACGGAAGAGUUGUUCACAUAUGUAAAUGUUUCAGCGAAUGGAUUUAUUGUGAAAUUUAGUACCCUUUGUGAAGAUAUGGAAGAAGGAGGAUCAUUUCUAAUUUCUGACAUCCAAUUCGCAACUAUGGGGAGUCACCUACCCCUAGGAGAAAUUAUUUUAACGGUUACCUUUAGGCAAACUUUAUCUGGUGCUGUAAAAUUGUCCGUGGUCGCAGGUUCUCCAAAGCAACUUGCAUUUGUAAUUAAUGACCAGAAGCAACUACAACGAGGGACCUUUACUACUCCGAAUGGAUCACAAGUUCGAAUUUCGGCCAGUUUUAUGGAUGCAUCUAAUAAUUUUACUACGCCGAUGGUACCAAUAGAAGUGAAUUUUGUUCACAAAUUAACAACACAGGGGGUCGACAAGAUUGAGAAUGAGCGCGUUGUUUCUUCCAAGGAUGGGAUUGCAGAUUUUGGAUCCAUUGAAUUAGCCGUGAACGAAAAAUCCAGACCAAGUCGUGGUCCCCCUUGCGUGGUAAAUAUUAAGGAUUGUGGCGGAAAAUGUUAUGGAAAACCGAUUUACGUCCAGGUUAGGGCAACUGUCGACGGUCAAAUAAUUUCAGAUAUUUGUCACUUCCACGUCACUUGCCGACCAGAUGUUCCAUAUCAACUUGAAAUCGUCGAUGAGAGUGGAUUGGAGCACUUUGAAUACGAGGCUGGGUCCAGUUUUAACUUUUUGACGGUUACUUUGCUAUCAGAAGAUGAAACUAAAUAUGCGUCGGCGGAUAAGGAACAUCUCUCACUGCAUCUUACGCCAGUAAAUGGAAUUUCAUCCACACCUAUGGAUCCCAUCCCGGCUAGCAGUGUACACCAGGGUGUCUAUAGAUUUGACCAAGUGCCAACCAAAGCAGGAAAUUAUGAAGCAAAAUUUGUAUACAGAAAUGGGUCCGUACAAAUUUCAGAAACGUUUAUGCAUCCCCUUAAGAUAUGUGCUGGACGGGUUCAUUCCCUUAAACCAGUGGAAGAUCCUGGUGACCGGUCAGUAUCGAAUAAUCCCGAAAACGAGGAGAAUCGAAUUAUUGUCGCCAAUCUAAAACUCGUACUCGCCGAUCAAUAUGGAAAUGUUGUUAAUGAAGGUGAAAAUUCUUCAAAUGGCGAGAAUAUGAAUUUGCUGAAGGGAUUUGUCAGAAUAGACUUUCCUAGCGGGAUAGAACUAGAAAACUUGGAAAACCAGGUCAAUCUGUUAUCCCCUAUACAUUUUAUUAAUGGGUGUGCAAUCAUCCCCAGAUUGGUGGUCUUGGCAGGUCUGGAGUUGCCAAACUUUUCUAAACAUGAGAUUCGCUUUACCCUAAAUUUGACAACAAACAAUUUAGAAUUUGUGUAUGCGUUAGAAUUCAAAUUUUUUAACGAUCCCAAACAACUUGCUGAGAGCCGUAAAUUCCAGGAGAAAAUAGAAACUUUGGACAGGAAAAUUACAGGUCAUGACGAAAGCCUCAAAUUAGUUGGAAAUACCAUCAAAACUAUACAGACUACUAUAGAAAGAAUGAGGGGUAAUGUGAGACAGGAGACGGAAAGCAUAAUGGCGAUUUCGUCUCCAGGUUUUGUUGAAACCUUGAAAACAUCCAAAGAUGUAACUGAACGAGAAGCAUGUCUAAAAGCAGACGAGAAUAGAUUAGAAGAGGGAAGAAGGAAGACGAAAUCUAAAUCCAAUAUUACCCCAGGACUCGGCGCAGGUGAGAGUGAUGUUUUAGGACGGAUUGGCCUGUUAGCGGAAAUAAAACUUGGAGGUGGCGGUAUCUCCGAGGAUCUAAAUCUUCAACGCCUUCUUUCAUGGUAUUUGCAAAAUAAAUUGACUGUCAUCGUUACAGAAACGGCGGAGAAAGGUCGCGAACUGGAAGCUCGUAAUCGUAAAGAGCAAUUUAUGCUACUGGAUAUUGUUAAGGAUCGCCCGCCUGCCAAACAUGUUUUAUCCGGACCUGGUAAUCCAGUCUAUGCUCACACUCUGCUGGACUUCACCAACCCCUUAGCUACAGCAUCGACGAGGAAAGUGUUCAACAAAAUUCUGGGCGAUACAAUAAUCAUGGACGAUCUACCAACGGCUAUCGAGUUCAUGAAAAAAUACAACACGGGGAGGUUUAAUUGUCCAACAAUCCUCACACGGGAUGGGAGGCGCCUCAUGGGUGACGGAAUAAUCGGUGGAAGGCAAACCCGUAUGCCUGAUAGGAUUCCGCUAUGGUUUGGAUUGGCUCCUUGUGCAGAGUUAAGUCAGAUUCGUGCACAGUUAAGAAGGUUACCCAUUCUAAAGAAGAAAAUGGAAGAGGUUGAAGGAGUUGAAAGGACGGAUCGAGCAAGGCUUGAGAAGCUACGAGAGGAUUAUGAUCAGGUUAAGGCCGAGCUUCAACAAUGGCAAGAAGAACGGAAGGAGCUUUUGGAAAGAUUAGGAGCUUUAUCAACCCUUGAGAAAAAUUCUGCACCGCGGACUAGAUUGAUGGAAGGACAAGGUGACCAAGUAAUGCCUAAGAGGGCGAGACGAAACUAAGCGUUUCCAAAUAGGUUACGUUACGAACCGAAGCCAAAGUCAGGUUUUGUAAUGUGUAUAUAAUUAUUUUAAUUUGUUGAAUUACUUUAUGGAUGAUAAUAAACAAUGAAAUUUACUUUAUUGGCACUAUUACAUCAA